AUGCUGCUGCUGGUGCUCCUGGUGCUCCUGAGCCCUGCUGGCUGCCCCAAGACUGAGCCCCUGAGCAGCUCCAGCCAGGAGCCCCUCUUCCGCGGGGCGGAUCGCUAUGACUUUGCUGUGGUGAUCCCGGCUGGUGCUGUGGAGUGCUUCUGGCAGUUUGCCCACCAGAGUGGCAACUUCUUCUUCAGCUACGAGGUCCAGCGGGCAACAGGGAUUGGCAACAACAGGGACAUCCUGGUCACAGCCAGUGACCCCAGUGGCUUCAGACUUGGUGUUUCCCAGCAUGUGCGAGGACAGAUCGACUUCCUCACCAAGGAGACAGGUUUCUAUCAGCUGUGCCUGGACAACCAGCACAACCACUUUGGCUUCAUGCAGGUGUAUCUCAACUUCGGUGUCUACUAUGAAGGCUUCAAUGUGGAAAAGAAGCAGCCAGAAGAGAAGAAAGAGCUGAACGACACCUUGGAGGCAAUUGGGGUCAGCAUCCACAAGUUGCAGCUCCACAUCUUCCACAUGUGGCGGUUCUACAACUUUGCCCGGAUGCGGAAAGGGGCUGACUCCUUCCUGCUGGAGUCCAACUACAACUAUGUCAACUGGUGGUCGAUGGCUCAGAGCUGCCUCAUUGUCCUCUCUGGGGUCCUGCAGCUCUACUUCUUGAAGCGCCUCUUCAAUGUGCAAACCUCCAGUAGGCAGAAGUGCUAG